UCGUUCGUUUUCGUCUUCCUCGUGUUGCAUUUAUCAUUAAAGAAUGAGCAGAAUAAAAUAAAGGGGCCAGAGCGAGAGAGCAGAGGAAGAGGACGAGAGUGAGGGAGGACGAUCGCCUGAGCGAUCCAUCGAGAUCCAAGACCUCGUCGGAAGACCAGUUUCGCCGUCUUCUCUGCGCCCGAUUGGUGGCCUGAAUCGAAGCUGAUUUGCCCGUGGAUUUCCUCCCACGGAUUUUUGUCGGUGCACCGCUUGUUCCGAAAUGCUAGAGACCAAAUCGCGUGGGGAAUAAUUCUGAUCGCCGAUCGGAAGUGUAUUCGGCGGUGGCUGGCUCGUCGUUUUCCGCCAAAUUUGUGGCUCUGGUUAGGAUUUGAUUGCUUGCUAAGUAGGGUUUUCUGUUACGCCUGGCGCGCGAGGAUGGUCGAAGUCAGGCACAAUGUUGGUCCCAAUUUGUCAAAUGCCUCACCGGAUAACCUGGAAGAAGCUAUGUGGCAGUUAAAGAUUGAUCACAGCCGAGAGGGAGCUGAAAGACUGAUGAGUCCUUAUCCUGAUCGCCCAGGCGAGCCGAACUGUCUUUAUUAUUUGAGGACUGGUAACUGUAGAUAUGGAAGCAGCUGCAAGUACAAUCAUCCUACAUACACCGGGGAGAAUAAUCAGUUUGGCUCAGAACUGCCUCAGAGAGAUGGUCAACCUGAUUGCCAGUUUUUCCUGAAAACAGGAACUUGCAAGUAUGGAACAACCUGUAAAUAUCAUCAUCCACGAGAAAAACACAACACAAAAUUGGUUCAGUUGAAUGUUUUAGGACUACCUAUCCGAAAGGAUGAAAAGCACUGCGCCUACUACAUGAAAACUGGAUCAUGUAAAUAUGGAUAUGCCUGCAAAUUCAAUCAUCCUGAUCCUCAGCCUGCCACUACUGGAGCAACAAUCCCUCUUACAGGAUCCUCAGCCUAUGGUUAUUCAAAUUCUGUGACAACAACAUCAGCGCCUCCAGUAAUUGGUGGACUUUCAUCAUGGUCUUUAUCAAGUGUUCCUUACAUGUCUAGUCCGCAUAUGCAUGCUCUCCCAGCUUAUGUACCACUUGUUCUUCCACCAACCCAAGGAACUAUGGGUGUACAGCAGGGUUGGAGCACUUACAUGGGAAGCAUGAACCACAUGACCUCUGUUGAUGGGCAUCCACCUAACCAAAUAUCCAACUCAAAGCAUCGAGAACGACCGGAUUUUAGCCUGCCACAAAACUUACCUGAGAGACCUGAUCAACCAGAAUGUCAAUAUUAUAUGAAAACUGGGAGCUGCAAGUAUGGAAUCUCAUGCAAGUACCACCACCCAAAAGAGCAUAAUCAAGCAGCUAUUGGGACCAUAGGACCACUAGGGUUACCACUAAGACCAGGUCAGCCGGUUUGCACCUUUUACACAGCAUAUGGAAGCUGCAAAUUUGGAACAGCUUGCCGAUACGACCAUCCAAUCAUUGGAUAUUAUGGCUAUACUCUGCCUUCUUUCUCGUAUCCUAUCUCCUCAGUAGCACUUUCCAACCAAAACACCAAGUCAUUAAAGUUGCCUGGCCAGUUCUCAAAAUCCGGACGACACAAUCUAGAAAACCAUGAGCACGGAAAUACUUCCACAGAUACUCCUUCGAAAACUGAAGCUCCGGAAGAAUCUCCAUGAUAAGAAUUGUUCAGCGCUAACUGCCUCAUUCAGCAUCCAUUCUGAUCAUCGUUCCAAGAUGGAGAUUUUGCUUUCUUUUCACCUGCCCUAUUGAGCUUACCAAUUCUUAGUUUGGGUGUAAGUUCAUGGAGGCAUGGUCUUAAUGGCACGAACUGUUGUAAGUUAAAACAAUUUUGUUCCACAGAUUCAUGAAAAACCAAACUCUGUUGUAUUGCAAGAUUCUUUUCUGCUUUCAGUUUAAACUGUAAAGCUGGUCUGUCUGAAUACACGCGAUAAUUUGGCCGCAA